AUGCAUCAGCAGCAAACGAAGACAACGAAACGCCUCGCCGCUGUCUUCACAGAAGCCAAAACGCCUGCAGCAGCAGCAGCAGCAGCAGCAGUAGCAGCAGCAGCAGCAGCAGCAGCAGCAGCAGGAGUAGCAGCAGUAGCAGCAGCAGCAGCAGCAGCACGAACAGCAGCAGUAGCACCACCAAAAGCACCAACAACAACGAGAUCAUCAGCAGAAGCAGAAAAAGCAGCAGCAGCAGCACCAAGCGCAGCAGCAGCAGCAACAGCCCGAGUAGCAGCAGCAGCGGACAGGAGAAACAGCAGCAGCAGCAGCAGCAACAACAGCAGCAGCAGCAGCAGCAUACUUCACUGCUUCGGCGAAGACUGCAUGCAGCACAUGGGGGUCGUGUGUAGCUCCAACAUAAUUAUAGUUUUGUUGCUGCUGCAGCAGCUGCAGCAAGAAGCAGGGGCCCCUGAGGGUACCAGCAGCAAGCAGCCACAGACAGAGGGGCCCCCUAGCAGCAAAGUUCAGCCAUUGGGGGGCCUCCGGGGGGGGUAG